AUGGAGAUCGACUUAUUAGAUGAUCUUAAAAAAAUCAAUAAUUGUUCAGCUAAGUUAGGAGUAUCAAUCAAAGAAGGGCUAUUUUUUGCAUCUAACAUCCUUUCGUAUUUUUUUGAAAAUCACAAUGAAUUCGUCAAAGGAUGGAAGAAUGAACUUAACUCUCGAGGGAAAAUUGAUAAUCUAACCGAUUCGCAUUUAAAUUUUGUUGACGAAUCCAUCGAAAAUUGCAAAAAAUUUGCUAAUAUAUUUAGUGAAUUUCACGAAUUUCUUAGCAAUGAAAUUAUGAAACUUGAAGAGUCACUUCGGAAAAUUGAAAAUAAACCGGAAAAAAAUAUAUACGAGCAGACGUUAGAAAAAAAGAACGAGGUCGAUGAAUGGGUUCCAAAAUCCAAAGAACGCUUUCAUAUUACAAAUUAUAAGAAGAAAGUAGAUAAAGGAAACGUUAUAUUAAAAGAAUUAAAUGAAAAAGGAUAUGAAAAUUUGAUUUUGGAUCGUCUUAUUGUCGAAUUGGAAUGCAUUAAAAAUAGAUUGAAAAUUUUAAAAUUGAAAGUAGUAUCAGGUAAAUUUUAA